AUGGCCGCCCGAGCUCGUCCGUCCUACCAGCGCGUGCCCCCCGCGCAGCACCACGAGAGCGAUGAGGGCGACGGUGAUGACAGCGACAGCGAGCAGCACUUACAGCAGCGCGCCAGUCGGUCGCAGCGAGCGGCUCUGUGGAGCACGAGGCUGCACGCCUUCCUGUGGGUGGCGGCGGCCGGACUCGUGGCCUACGGCACCGACUUCUUCCGCGUCAUCUUCACGGACGCGCGCAUUAAGCGGGGCUUCUUCCAGGUGGCGCUGAUCUGUACGGGCGUCAACAUCUGCAUCACGGCCGUCUACUGCCCGAGGAUGAUCCCCACCGCGACGAUCGUGGGGGCUGUGGCCACGUUCUGCUACAUCUGCGCCUUCUGGCCGGUCUGGGGGCUGCUCACGCCAGGGCUGCUCGGGCUCUUCUUCAUCGGAGCGCUCAUGACAGCGCACUUCCUGCCUUCCAUCUAA